AUGACUUUGAGGCAAACUCCUAUAAUGAUUGUUAUGAUCAACAAAUUUUGUGGCAAACUCAUAGACUUGGUUCUUGAUGAUCAACAAGUUUUCCCAUUUGAGACUGAAGCCACAGACAAUUCAUGUAAAAUUGAUGUCAGGUCAUUGUCGAGACAGGACAUUCAAAUUCUUGUUGGUUAUGGAUGCCUUAGUGCUGACAAGAAGGUGGUUAUGGCUGCCAAACUAUUGAGAAAGCAUGUGCACCUUGAUGAAGGAGAUGUGUGUAGUUCCUGCAAUCUGAGGAGCUCCUGUGAAAAAGCCUAUCUUUUGACCAACAAAGAGGACGAAGCACGGACGAUUGAUGUAAUGCGAGUUUUGGCUACAUUUGGUCUUGAUCAUGCCCAUGGCUUAGUGGCAAAUAAACCUCUUCUGAAGCAAAAAUCUGUGAAAAUUGUUGUGCGCAAGUUGCUUCAUCAGGUUGUUAAGUUGAGUGCAGUUCCUAUUGAUCCAAACCUUCCCCCUCCAGUUAUCAAAAGACCUCCACCUAAGGUCAAACAACCUCCACCAACUCCAAAGAGACGAGUUGGACGGGAUGAUGUAGAAAUGAAGAAAGGAGACUGGUUAUGUUCUAAGUUUGACUUCAUGAAUUUUGCAAACAAUACAGUGUGCCUACAGUGUGAUGCAAAGCGUCCAAAGAGACAGCUGCUUCCAGGAGAAUGGGAAUGCCCGGAGUGCAACUUCUUAAACUACCGGAGAAAUACGGCCUGCUUCCAUUGCGAUUGCAAGCGCCCGCCUGACCAGUUCAUGGAAGACAAAUUGCAGGAAAGACAUCAGAAUCCAAGGACAAGGCUGGAGAGGACUGCCAGCCGCCCAGAAGUCUCUAAUGCAUGGAACUUUGAUUUUGAUGAUGAUGAAUGUGAUGGAGCAGAUGUUGCUGCUUUUGAGUAUGCAGACUCGUCAAUGAAGGGCAAAGAUUCCUCUUUACAUAGCCCGGAGCAGGGGAGGAAUCAUCAAGGGUUUGAAGAAGAUUUUCGUCGUGAUAAUAAAUUCCCAAGAGUUGUUAACAGAGAAUACUCUGAUUCCGAUCACGGUUCUCGUACUGGUUUUGACGAUUUUGAUGAUGAGGAAGAUGACGUGGACAGAUACGAGCUAGAUGCACGGAAUAAUCCACCGGUUAGGAAUGGGUCAUCAAUAGACUUUUCCGAGUUUGAAGGGGACUCUGGGUCUGAAGAUGGAGACGUAGACAAUAAAUCACUUGCCCGACAAAAACCAAGGUUACCCUCUCCCAAUAGGCAAUUGAAACCCUUACGUCGCAGGCCCUCUGUUCCUGGUUCAUAUGAUGAUGAAGUUGAUUUUGAUUCCGAGGAUGAGAGUUCAGUCCGUCCUAACUGGAGAUCUAGUCACGUUGCCGAUUCUAGAAAUAGAGGCGAAGCGAAGUCCUCCCGAGGUAAACUCGGGGGAUUGAGCUAUGGCUCGAUGAAGAGGCCGGGUCAGUAUUCGAUUCGGUUCUCAUAG